GCAUUGCAAAGGAAACGGAAUUAUAACCUGUUGACAAAGUUUUCAACACUGUCAACAGUUCAAAACUACCAUUAGUUCAAUUAUGAAUGUGUAUCGAUGUGCUUCGUGUUUGGUUUUAACGUAAUUUAAAUUAAUUGCCAUGUUGCGGAAAAAUAAAGCUAACACAAUGGGAAUAUCUGGCGCAUCACCUACGAUUGUUGUUCCGUCAGCAAAUGCUCAACUGAUAAGGCAGGUUGACUGAUCACUGUUGUCACUGUUGUGUUAGUGUUACACUGUGUUGACUGUUGGCUGUUGGUGAUGACUGAUGAGAAUUAAAUCUGAAUUAUGAUUAAAAAUGGUGUGAGGAUAAAAAAAUUUUUUAAAGCAAGGGUGCCCCAUCAAAGAUUUCUUUUUAAAUUUUUUGUUUAAAAGCUGCUUUGGUGAAGAGCAGUGUUCAAGCUUGUUUAUUAAAAUACUAGAUUAAUUGAAUUAUUUAUUUAAAUGAAAGUGAAAGGUUCUUUCUUAUUUUGUUGUUAUUAUAUAUGAUAAUAAUAAUGUGAUGAAUAAAACGCCAGAAAACUGCUUAUCUUUACAUCAGUGCUUUGUAUCAAAUAUUGUGACCUGAGAACCUUUCUUUCAUGGAUAAAAAACAAAUCAGUUGAAAACUGCUGGAUUGGUACAACUAGUACCACUAAAAAUAGUAAAGAGAAUAUAUUGGUUUGGAAUUAUUAUUGUAUAAACACCUGUCAUCAGAGGGAUUUUGUGCAGCUUGAAGUAGUUAAAGCUAUUCUUAAAUAUUAAUUUGACAUAAAUGUAUGCUUUUAAUAAUAAUAAUAAUUAUAAGGGGUCUUAUAUAGCGCGGUACCCCAGCCUAGGGCUGGGCUCACCGCGCUGUACAUAAAAAUUUUAGUAUAAUUAACAUAAGUUGCUAAAUUAAAAGCCCUUGGCAUCUCUCAGUAGUUUACUUAAUUUUAACUUGCUAAAUUUUCAGACAAGAACUACAAAAAAUGAAUUUAUGGGACAGCACUCAUAAACUGAAAAUGCUCCAAAAUGGAUAUGUUGCUAUCCCAAUAGAGGCUGAUGGAGAUAACCUCUCAGUGGUAGAGAAACAAUGGCCAGGCUACUCCACUGCAUACAUCGAUUUACCUUUUUCUAAGAAGGUUACUUCAAAGAGAGAUUCCCCUUCUGCCCAGCUCAUGAGAAAUGUCAGAGGAUUACUGAAUAGAUCUGGACAUUGUGAGUAUACAAAAUACACAUUAACUUAUAUACCCAUUAUUGCGUACUAUUAUCAGUAUGGAGAAAUUAAUCUCUUAUUUAAUUAAAUGUAUGGCUCGUUCUAAAAACAAUACACAACAAAAGACGAUACCAAAUGGUAAAUACAAUAACAAAGAAUACGAUACUCAAACCAGGGCUAAUUACAAUCAAUAGUUUUUAUUAUUUUAAUUAUACAUUACGAAAUCAAAAAAUAAAUUAAAUUAAAGCUAUAGACUUAUAGUGUAAUGAUUGGCUUGUACCGGUAAAGUGUCAAAGAAGAAACAAUGUUGUAAAAAAUGUAUAAUGAUGAAAAUUAUUGAAAAGGAAUCUACACACACACAGUAAACAAAUCUCUGUCUCGUGUAGCAAAGCAAUAGCACACGCUCAAAAUAACUCUUGUCUCUGAAUCUGCCGUGUGUCGUUCAAUUCCUAGGCUUUAUAUACCAGUAUAGUAUGUUUCUUUAGACAAUUCUAGAAAUCUACACAUUGUACUAGCUUCCAGCUGCUUCUACAAUAUUCUACAAUAUUCGAAUAAUGAAACAGGCCAUAGAUUUGUUAAUUGUAGCUGAGGUCAAAGGGAGACUAUAAUUAGUACACCACACCCUAAUAGCGCUGCUGAACUUGGGGUCAGCUAGAGUUCACAGCACGGGAAAUGUGACGUAAGCAUGUCGUCUACAUACCACCAUAAUAUAAUUAUGAAACAGCAGGGGAAGAGAGGACCAGACAUUUUCAGAGAUUGGUAUUUCAGGUUUGAAAAAAAAAUGCAAUGAUUAGUUGCAAUUUUUAAAAAAUUAAUCGAUUUCUUUACUCUUUGUGAGGGAACUAUUUCCAUACAUUCUCAAAAGCUUUAAUUUAAUUACACAUAUCCAAAUAUUUUGCAGGUGAAGAUUUGCUUAAUGAAGUGCCAACAAAAUGGGAAAGACAUGGAGAUCUUGUUAUUAUUCCACAAUCUUCCUUUUUAUCAUCAGAAUGGCAGACAAUAGGUUUAGGUAACUCUUUGGAAAUGACGAAAAAAUAGCUCUAUACAAUAAAAAUUUUGUACAAACUCACUUUUUAAAGUGAAAUCGGCAAAAUAUGUUUGUCUCUUAAAAGCUACUCUUAUUAGCUUAGAUAAUAAUUUUUAAGACUGUACAUGUUUUUCUUUGAAGCUCUCUUAGCCCUUGAUUUGUUGUACAAUGGGUCUAAGCUUAGAUAAUAAUUUUUAAGACUUUACAUGUUUUUCUUUGAAGCUCUCUUAGCCCUUGAUUUGUUGUACAAUGGGUCUAAAAGUAAAUUUCAAAAUGAAAAAUUCAGCCUUCUUAUGCUGCCAUUACCAAAACUAAAUGUCAAACUAACUGCAGGUUUUUUUUCCCCAUAAUACACAAUGAAUGUGAACAACUUUUAGAAAUAUUAAUUCUUUUUCUUCCAUUUUUCUGAGAAAGAAAACUUGUGGCAGGUGGUAGCAAACUCUUUGUGCUGCAGUAGACUGGCUAGGCACUCGCCAGUUUCUAACGAUGGCUUUCGCAGCUCUCGAGUAGUACUGCUUCUGGGUGAGGAUGCACUUGUUUCACACAUCGACAAUGGGAUUAGGUAUAAACAUCUGAACACUGUAUACUGAUGAGAGCUAACUUUAACAUUCAUCUAUUUGAAUAGUGUUUUAUAAUAACUUUCUUUUACCUGCAUAACAUCCAUGAAAGGUACCUUUUGAAUUUAAAUAAUUUAUUUACUUUGUUAUCUGUGGAUUUAUUGAAGAAUGGGGGUGGGGCUGAAAAUUUGACAAAACAUGCAUACAAUUAACACACUGUAUAAGAAUCCGAAUUAGUGGCCCCCCUCCCCCCCUUUUCAAGGCUCGCAACACUUCCCGGAACUAUAUUAAUAUUCUAAAUACCCACCGGCUCUUACACCGCAAAUUUAUUCCAUCAACUAUUUCAGAAAAACAAAUGAAAAUAUUAUACACCAAACACACUUGGGAUAUUUUUUUAAAAAGAAUCUCAUUUAACACAGUUAUAAGUAUAAGGAAUUUUAUUUUAUCUCCCUCUUGUAAAGCAGGAAAAACUGAUUUGUGGGGGUGGUGCUGAAAAUUUGAUAAAAUGUGUUGAUUUAGCAUAGAGUCUAGGUUCCAAGUUUGAGCUCGGUAGGUUGACGGGAAGUGGGUCAAUUAGCCAGCAGAAGAUUUUGUCUGCAGCCAGCCAACCACGAACAAAAACUAAAUUAAUAUAAAGGAUUUUAAAAAAACUAUGCUGCUUAUCAUAUUUGAUUGAGACAUAUUUUAUAUUUCUUUACUUAGAUAUUGUUAUGACGUCACCAAGUGCAUGUUUAGUGCAGGCAAUAUAACAGAAAAGCUGAGGGUUGCCAGCAUGGACUGUAGAGGAGAAACAGUUGUAGACCUCUAUGCAGGUUUGAUUUUUAUUAUAUAAAUAUUAGAGUAAUAAUUGAGAACCAAGGUUUCCUUUUUUUUUUCUUUCUUUCACCCACCAGUCAUUCUGAAUGAAUCUCAUUACAACCAAAUGUGACCCCCAUGAGAUAAUGUUUAUGCUGGCAGCUAAUAUUUAGCCAUUAAAACCUCCUAAAUGGCCUCAUUACAUAGGGUCAAACCCCACUAUAAUUCGCUUUCCAUUAACCCAAAUUCGGAUAUAACAUAUAAUCUGGUUGUGAUGUGGCUCACAAAAUUUAUUUUAUUCAUUCAUAAUUGAACAUGAAAAAAAGGAGUAUACAUUUUUAAAUUCUUGCACAACUUAAGCAUAAAUCCAAUAAAGUAGUCCAGCUUCAACACCACUUCGCCCACUUACCACAAAAGAUUUUCAAAAAUUAGUAAAAAUAAAACAUUCAAGUCGUCUACAUUCAAUUCAAAGAUUGGGUAGGAAAGUAUAUUCUAUUUGUUAUGUUUUCAAUGUUUUUAUUUCAAACAUGUAACAUAAACAUAUAUAUACAUAAAUACAAGUUCUCAAUCAGGUGUUGACUUUCUGCUUGUGUCCGGAACACGGUUCAUAAACACACUCUUUCACUACAGUGUCCCUGCGCAUGCGCGCUAUUUGCCCUAGAUGGCUAUCGGUAUGCUCCAGUCCGCCAUAACACUACUUUUUAAUGCUUUUAAACUCGACUUUGGUGAAAAGUCUUUUUUUUAAAAAGUUUUUAUAUACAGUCGAACCCACUUAUCUGGACCUCGGUUUACUCACCAACCCUGUUAUGUCCACAUUUGCGAAGUGGAAGCUCCAAAUUCUCUCUUUGUCUUAGCAAUUUCUCAUCGGUUAUGGCAAUACUUUAAUGUUGCCGAACCCUGAUAUCUCGAGCACAAAAGGCGGAAAAUUUGUCACUUAACAUCAGUUAUCUCGAUCCCCAUGACUAAUCGCCCGCUUUUGAACUCUGCAAGAAGAAAUAACAAACAACAAAUAAACAAGUUUUUCAUAAUUAAAAACUAUUAUUUAUUUCUCAAAAUACAGGACUUGUGUUUUAGAAUGAACCUAGAAGUAAUUUAAAUGAAUAUGUUUUAAUUUGAGGUUUAAAAUCCCGGUAGAGUCCGUAUUAUAAAUAAUCAUAAUUUGCAGUGUGCAAAAUGGGUAGCCAUUCACAGUCACUUGCAUAAUGGUUAUGCCUUAGUACAACAUCAGACUUUCAUUCAUGAGAGUUUGCCAUGUACAAAAGCUAUUAAAACAUUGGUCAGGGAAAGCUUUAAUUAAGUAGUCAUGUGCCAAAGUCGAAAGUUCAAAAUAAUUAGUACCUAAAUAGUAUUUUAGUUAUAAAGGGAUGCGUUGCCUUUGAUAUAUAGUCAUUGCGCAAGACACGAUCAGCAGAAUGAGGUCGCAAAUGUGGAGGCUUCGUCCAUAGUAGAAAAUAUCAAAUGAACUCGCACUUUAAAAAUUCGUAGCUCAAAAAGUACUAAAGUUAAAAAGUUUAUUCUUGUUUAAUUUUUUUAAAUUUGAAAUUUGCUCUAAAUAAGUAAUAAAUGUUAUAUCAAAAAAAUUAUUAUUAUUUUUUUGUAAUGAACUACCUGAAUUUAUUAACACAUAUCAUGUACAUUUCAAGCACAUGUUAAUAUAUUGCAGCCAUAUUGGUGUUCAUUUAUCUCAAUCAUCGGCUAUCUCGACGCUUUUUGGCAAACCCUGAGGCCGUCGGCCGGGUUCUACUGUGUUUUGUAUUAAAUUUUUGUCCUAAGCCAAGCAAUGCUACAUGCAGUUAUAUCUCUAGCUGGGGAUUUACAGAGAAAAAUUGAAACAAGCUGGAAUUCAAUGGGUUAAAUUGGUAUAAAACACUUUUUGCUAGCAAACGGAUCUGUUUAGAAAUAUAAAAGAGGAAAAAUGUAAAUUCUCCUUUGUUCUGCAUCAACAUAUCCUCUAGCAUGACAUUGAACUCACAUAUUGGUGGAUUUUACACAUAAUACAUUUUUUUAAAGCAGAGUUUUAGUUUGGGAAGAUUCCUGCUUCGUAUUGCACGGUGACUUAUGCCAUUAUUAUAUUAAACUAGAUCAAAAGACCAAUGAUGACAUUUUAGGGAAUUAUUGUGUUGCUUGUUUUUAAGAUGGAACCACCUGUACCGUCCCAGUGACUGAAUGUUUACAGCAUUGUAUUUUGUAUAUUCACAAAGGCAUUGGGUACUUCACUUUACCAUAUUUGGUUCAUGCUAAAGCUGAGCAUGUUCAUGCCUGUGAAUGGAACCCUGAUGCAGUCUUGGCUCUACAGAACAGCCUGAUGGCCAAUGGGGUAUCCAGCAGGUGUACAGUCCACCCCGGGGACAACAGGCAGGUAUGAGAAUGUUCUUGUGUAUCUGAUAUUGCAGGAGUAUGAAGUUUAUAUCUAACAAAGUGAAGUGGGGGUCGAAAUGGCAUAUUUUGCUUAAAAAUUGUGAAUUUUAAUUUUUUUAAAAAAAUAUUAUUUUGUAUUUAAUAUUAAGUUGAAAUAACGCUGUACAUAAGUGUAAAUGUUCUUUUGGUUAUUGCAAUUUCUAUACACGUACCCAUACUGUAUGCUUUUGUACAUAUUUGUCUCAAUGGGUAAUUGCCAUGAACUAUACUUACUUAUUUAUACUUACUAUUUAUUUUGAUAAUUUUUAUGUCUUCAAAUGGGCUCAAAGCUAUUAUCAUGUUAUCACCACUUUUCAAUGAAUUAACUGAUUCUCAUACGGAUGAAAACAUCAUUAGCCUUGAGGUAAUCAUCUGUUCUGAAUUAUCUCACCAGCACAUUCUUAACAAAUAUGUUUAUAUUUUUUCAGCUCAAACUUGCCUCUCUGGCAGACAGGGUAAAUCUCGGUCUUAUUCCCAGCUCAGAAGAAGGUUGGCUGACUGCUGUCCAUGUGCUGAAGAGCCGAGGAGGAAUGCUCCAUGUGCACGGGAAUGUUACUACUCAUCAAAAGGACAAUGCACAAGAUGAAAUUGAUUUAAAGUGUGCCAAGAGCAGUGAAAAUGUUAACGAGGUAACUUGUGGUAACGUCAUCUCAAGGAAACUGACUCACGUUCUUGGUGAUACGGUCCAAGAGAUUGAUGGUACAGGUGAACCAUUAGAAACACAAAGUCAUCACACCAAAGACCCAUCAACUUGUCAUGGCAGGGAAGAAAACAACUGUGUUACAAUGUACCACCAUAAGAUAGCAACCAAUGAUCUAAUGCUAAAUUGUGGGCAAGGUGUGGGUGCAGGAUUUGCUCACAGCGACAAAGACUUCAUUAUUACAGAACUAGCAUCAAACGGUGACCAAUCCCAUUUAUUAUUUGAUGGAGAUGCUAAACAACAUAAAAUGGAUGUUAAUGGUAGCGACCCAGUGUGCCAAACUUUCUUUUCAAAGACUGGAAAAGAUGCAAUUUUACUAGCGUGUAAAGAAUGGUCAAAUCAUGUUUGUGCUAAGAUUAAGUCAUUUCUUGAAGUUGACAAGGGAGGGGAGUGGGCAGUUGAUGAGAAACAUGUUGAAUUAGUGAAGUGGUAUGCACCACAUGUGAUGCACGUUGUUCUGGACUUAAAUUGCAGACCACUUGAUCUAAUGGGAGAAAAGUGAUGUCUAACAAGAAGAAUGGUUUUGUCACAGUGAGAAUAAAUUUUUUAUAAGCCAUCCCAGUAGUUGUUUUUUUAAUUUAAAGCCAAACGUUUAAAAAAAAGUAAGUGUCAAGGCAUUGUCCAGUAUAUUACGCUACUCAUAAUGUAAUCGUCAAAAAUGAAUUGAACACAUCUUUUUUUUUUUUGGUUUAAUUUUUAUGUCUUUAAAUAAAUUGAUGAUAAAAAGAAAA